UGUCUUGGUAACAGUAUAGUUGAAUUUAAAAAUAACAUUGCAAUUUUUACUAGUGAGGGAAAACAAAAUACAAAGUAAUUUGAAUGCAGCAAAAUGCAAGAAAAUCAGUCAACGGUGCCUAAUCCAGUUAUUGACGAAGGCGUAAUUAAAUCGUUGCAAGAAGACUGGAACAAGAAAAUAGCUGCUGAUGCCAAAUACUGGUUGGAAAACGAUGCAAAAAUUCGAGCCAUUACAGACGCGAAGAGUUACGAAGAAUUUUGCGACAUUGUCAAAACUGCCCACUUGAAGCCCAUCUCCAGAAAAGAAUUUUCCGAAAUGAGAGGCAAGAAGGAGAGAAAGGAAUAUUUUGCGAUGGCUAACACUUCAGCACAAACUUUGCCAUCUCACUUCUCUGAAGAAACCUCUGCUGAUGUCAAAACUUCUACAGAAUUUGUUGCCCUAUGGAACAAACUAGAUUAUAGAGGAAGGGGAAUUUUGCUGAAGAAAUUAGACGCAGAUAAACUGCACCUCUUCUUGCAAGUAGAAACUCCACCAGGAAUGCUAGGAGACUUGACGAAAAUCAUAGAAUAUACACCAGAUCUUGAGACUUGGAUGCGAAAACUCCUGCAAUCCAUGGUGUCAUCCAAGAGGUUCGCACUGAAUUUGCUAUUCUUAAAUGAAGAUGAGUUAGAAUUUUAUUCCAACGUCUUAGACGCAUUGGGCAAUGACGACGUAGUGCUGCAUCUGAAGGAGAGAUUUGGCUUAGUAAAACAACAGUGAUUAUUCCACUCACAGCAUUUUAAUGUCUCAUAUCAUUUAACAUUUAUUUUUGUGGAGCAGUCUUCUUGAAUUCAAAGGAAUGAAAAUAAAAUGCAGAUAAAAUAAUUGAAAAGAGAAAAA